AUGUUGAUCAUUGGUUUAACAGGAAGUAUAGCUUCAGGAAAAUCAACCGCUUCUUUGUAUUUCAAGGAGAAAUACAAUUUUACUAUCGUUGAUGCUGAUUUAAUUGCGAGAGAAGUUGUGCAGCCAGGGAGAUUUGCCUACAGACUUAUUGUUAGCCAUUUCAAAUAUAUUCCAGAUUUAUUAUUGGAAAAUGGAGAGUUGAAUAGACCUGAGUUGGGAAAGGUUGUUUUUAAAGAUAGAAGGGAAUUGAGAUACUUGAAUUUAGUAACACACCCAUUUGUUUAUCUUGAAAUUUUGAAAAAAAUAUUUUUAUCAUUUAUAACAUUUAAACAGUUAAUUAUUUUAGAUGUCCCAUUACUAUUUGAAAGUGGGUUUUUAAGAUUUAUUUGCAAUUAUAGUAUAUCAAUACUUUGUUCACCUAAAAUUCAAAAGGAAAGAUUAUUAAAAAGAAAUCCUCACCUAUCUGAAGCUGAUGCAGAUAAUAGGAUAAAUAAUCAAUUGUCAAACCUUGAAAAAAUCAAAAGAUCUGAUUUUGUUUUUGAUAAUAAUAAAGGUAAGGAAUAUUUAUAUCAAAAACUAGAUGAUUUAGCUAAGAGCAAAUUAAAUAUCAACUUUUUAGUUACUGUUUUUGAAUCAUCACCUCCUAUUGCUUUAUCUUAUUUACUUUUGACUAUAACGAAAAAUUAUUUGAUUCCUAUAAAACAGAAAAAUCCAGAAAAAAUAUUGGAAUCUAUCAAUAUAGAUCAGUGA